AAGUAAUUUCAUAGUGACUUUUGGUAGGCAUUUAUCAAUAAUAAUGACAAUCAACACAUCUGUGAUCUGUGGAAGUGGUUCAUACAGGAAUUGAAUGGGUGAAUAAAAAUUUAGAACCCUGAAUUAAAUUCUAAACAGUAAUACUUUAAAAGUUCUUAAUUAAAGAAAGUUAAAGUAAUUGUUUUUACUAAAUAACCUAAUGCAGCUUAGACGUAUUGUUUCACACUUAGCUUGUAGCGUUGAAUACGAGAGAAAAUUUGUAAUUAUCAUCACUACAUAAUAUACGUGUUAGACACCUUUGUGUUUCGCAAUACAUUUAAUCUCUUAGGGUCACGUUAAAAGUUAUUAAGGCUUAACUGUGAAAGUGAUAACUUUUAAACUAUAAUCAUGAAGAAAAAGGUAUUGUUGAUGGGUAAAAGUGGUUCAGGCAAGACUAGUAUGAGGUCUAUCAUAUUUGCAAACUACAUAGCAAGAGAUACACGCAGAUUGGGUGCCACAAUUGAUGUAGAACAUUCCCAUGUAAGAUUUCUUGGAAACCUUGUACUAAAUCUUUGGGAUUGUGGGGGCCAGGAGGCUUUUAUGGAGAACUACUUUGCAUCACAAAGAGACAACAUAUUUAGAAAUGUUGAAGUCUUAAUAUAUGUUUUUGAUGUUGAAAGCCGUGAAAUGGAAAAAGAUUAUCAUUAUUACCAGUCUUGCUUAGAAGCUAUAUUACAGAACUCACCAGAAGCAAGAAUUUUCUGUUUAGUUCACAAAAUGGAUCUGGUUGCUGAGGAAAGGCGAGAUGAAAUAUUUAAGAGUCGUGAAGAGGACCUUAAAGGGCUUUCAAAACCAUUAGAGUGCACAUGCUUUAGAACAAGUAUAUGGGAUGAAACACUAUACAAAGCGUGGUCCAGUAUAGUUUAUAAGUUAAUACCCAAUGUCAAAGUGUUGGAGUCAUCGCUCAAACAGUUUGCUGCAAUUGUUGAUGCUGAUGAGGUACUCCUAUUCGAGCGAGCCACAUUCCUGGUGGUGUCCCACUGCCAACGGCGCGCCCACAGGGACGCUCAUCGCUUCGAAAAGGUUUCCAAUAUCGUGAAACAGUUCAAAUUGUCCUGCUCGAAGCUGGCGGCGCAGUUCCAGAGCAUGGAGGUCCGCAACAGCGCCUUCGCGGCCUUCAUCGACGGCUUCACGACCAACACGUACGUCAUGGUGGAGCUGUCCGACCCGAAAAUCCCUUCUGAAGCGACGCUCCUCAAUAUCCGCAACGCCAGGCGGCAUUUCGAGAAGCUCGAGAAGGUUUCGGCGGACCAUUACCACUGACACUGAUGACUCCCGGAUAUACUGUAAUUGCGGUAGAUUUACUGUAAUUUCAUUAAAAGAAUUCGAAUUGUUUAACGCCUAUUAAUGUGUAAAAUAUAUUUUUCAAAUUUGUAUGUAAUUUAUGGCCGAAGCAAGCGAUAUUAGUUAAAUUGGUGUGACUAGUAGUAACGCCAGAACAGGAUUAGAUACCAUCUCACAAUAUAAGGGAACUCGUUAAGUACUUCAAUUCAACCAUUUUGGAUGCGUUUCUGCGGACGCAGACGGCUAACGACAGUUUUAAAAACAAUUAAUCUCAGUUUUUUCGCAUUUACAAAUUAUUGUUAAAACAGCAUUAAGACCUUUAAUAAAACAUAAAUUCUCAGAAAUAUUGGAACUUGCUAGGUCUUAUUUGUGAUCACACAAGAACAUAGAAUGUUAUGUUGUUAUUAUAUUAAAUUUUAUAAACCUUAUUCAAAGAAUUUGCUGUUGUUUUUCUUUACUGGCACGAAUAUCUAAUAUCAUAUAAACUAAUGGUUUUUGUAUAAAAAAAAAUAAUAAGGACUAGACGAAGAAAUUAUUUAAAAAACCUCUUAGUUAACUUACUAUCGUUUAGAUAUUUUUUUUAAUGUUACCAACUGCUAAUAAACGAACUGGAAAGCUUAAAUUUGGGAAGCCUUUGGUUUAUCCAACUUUUAUAUACAGAUGAUCAAGAGCUACUAUUUAUCUUAAUAACCAGAAAGAUGCCUCUUAACCUAUUGUUGAACAUUGUUUACUUUUAUGCCCAUAGCUUAUAGUAUACCUGUCAUAUACAUACAUACGACGGCCAGGAUAUGUAACACCGUCUCUUCAGCUGUAUUUCAAGGACAGGCAGCACUUUGUCUAACCCUGAACCUGUAGAGAGACAAGAAUCCACCGUGACCUGUCAACAUCUGGGAAAUCAAUCCCGUUGGUUUUAUUUGUUUAAUU